GGAGCACUGGUAAUAUCCCAGCAUGCACUGUUCAUGAAGCGGCAAUGAAAUGCCAACGUGCUAACUUGAACAAAACAAAAAUAAAGUAGGCACAAUAGUUGCCUUUUAGGCAGGACAUUUUAAUAUAGUUUGCCAUCAAAAGUAACACAGAACGUUUGUGCUGAGCUGCAGAGGGACGUGCACUUAAAAUAUGUCUUUGGUUUGCGCAAUUUCCAAUGAGGUCCCGGAACACCCCUGUGUGUCCCCGGUGUCCAACCAGGUGUUCGAGCGCCGAUUGAUCGAGAAGUUCAUCGCGGAAAAUGGAGUGGACCCUAUGAACGGUCAACCACUGUCCGAGGAGCAACUUAUCGAUAUUAAAGUGUCUCAUCCUAUCCGACCAAAGGCUCCCUCCUCUACCAGUAUCCCUGCCAUACUCAAGUCUCUUCAGGAUGAGUGGGAUGCAGUGAUGUUGCACAGUUUCACUCUGAGGCAACAGCUGCAGACAACCAGGCAGGAGCUUUCUCAUGCCCUGUAUCAACACGACGCAGCCUGCAGAGUCAUCGCCCGUCUCACCAAGGAGGUGACUGCCGCCAGAGAGGCCCUGGCCACACUUAAGCCCCAAGCCGGAUUGGUGGCUCCCCAGUCUGUGCCUACCUCUCAGCCAGCCGCUGGGGGUGGUGGGGGGGAGCCCAUGGAGGUUAGUGAACAGGUGGGAAUGUCUCAGGAGAUCAUCCAGAAGCUCCAAGAUAAGGCCACUGUCCUUACCACAGAGAGAAAGAAGAGGGGCAAGACCGUGCCGGAGGAUCUGGUCAGAGCUGAGGAUCUGAGCAAGUAUCGCCAAGUGGCUUCCCAUGCUGGUCUUCACAGUGCCAGUGUGCCAGGGAUUCUGUGUAUGGACCUGUGUCCUUCAGACACGAACAAGGUGCUCACUGGUGGGGCCGACAAGAAUGUGGUGGUGUUUGAUAAGAGUGAGGAGCAGAUUGUCGCCACCCUCAAGGGUCACACCAAGAAGGUCACCUCUGUCAUCUACCACCCCUCCCAGUCCGUUGUGUUCUCUGCUUCUCCCGACUGCACCAUCCGUGUGUGGUCUGUUACCGCCGGCAACUGUGUCCAGGUGGUGCGAGCUCACGAGGGGAGCGUGACCGGACUGUCUCUUCACGCCACCGGAGACUUCCUGCUCAGCUCCUCCGAGGACCAGUACUGGGCCUUCUCUGAUAUCCAAACUGGCCGAGUCCUCACCAAAGUCACUGAUGAGGCUGCUGGCGUUGCCCUGACUUGUGCGCAGUUCCACCCUGACGGGCUGAUCUUUGGGACGGGCACUGCCGACUCCCAGAUCAAAAUCUGGGAUCUGAAGGAGCGCACAAAUGUGGCCAACUUCCCUGGCCACUCCGGCCCCGUCACCUCCAUCGCCUUCUCUGAGAAUGGAUACUACCUGGCCACAGGUGCCCAGGACAGCUCUGUGAAGCUUUGGGAUCUGAGGAAACUGAAGAACUUCAAGACAAUCGCCCUGGACAACAACUACGAGGUGAAGUCGCUGGUGUUUGACCAGAGUGGUACUUAUCUGGCUGUGGGAGGGUCUGACAUCAGGGUGUACAUCUGCAAGCAGUGGUCUGAAGUUCUCAACUUCAGUGAUCACUCUGGUCUGGUUACUGGUGUGGCAUUUGGAGAAAAUGCUCAGUUCCUUUCCUCUGCUGGAAUGGACCGAAGCCUUAAGUUCUAUAGCCUGUAGAUAAGCACCAACAGCUGGGGGAAGAGAGGAUACGUUUGGAGGGGUUAUUAAGUCUCAUCUCAUCUGGUCCUGUGUGACUCAUUUGACUUGGCAGCACAGCUUUGGUUUGAGAAAGAUGUACUGGAGACAAAGUGGGAGUGGGUUGAAUCUUGAUGUAUUUGUGAUGUCCUUUAGUUGGUGAGAUCAGAAUCCUAGAUUUACCAGCCAUUUUGGAUUUUAGUAUUUUGAAAAUGUACCUUUUUGUUUCUGUAUUGAUUUGUAGUUAAAAUCCCAGGGUGGGCGAAGGAACAGUAUUUACAUUUUCAUUUUGUUCCCCAAAAUCCCCCCUCUGGACCUCAAUUCCUCUCUGCAGUAAGACCAACAAGUCUGUUGAGGUAUCUUAUUUGUUUUAACUAAGCUUUGUCACAAUUUACAAGCCAACUUACCUGUAAUGCUGUUUUGUUUCUUAAUGCAUUCUUUCCCUUCCACCCUUUGUACAACUCAAUAAAUGGUGAUUUUUGUAAUAACAUCCAA